AUGGCCAUUAGACACGACGUUCACAGCCAUGCCCACGAAGAAGACGUGCCCGGGACUGUCAACCUCCAGGCCCGGGAAGGCGAGGAAACACAUUACGGACAAGCGCUGUUCCCGGUUCCUUCGGCAGACCCCAACGACCCGCUGCAAUGGUCCAAGUUCAAGAAGCAUAUGAUCAUGUUCUGCUGCUGCGCGUACUCGUUCUUGGGCGUCUCAUCUCUUCUCGGACCUUCAACGUACAUCGGGCUCUGGUCUGCCGAGUUCGGCGUCGAUCCGAACACGGCUGCCGGCCUGGUGAACUACCCCAAUCUGGUUUUCGGGUUUGGGAGCCUCAUCCUGGUGCCGCUGUACCGCAAAUAUGGACGGCGCCCGGUCAUGGUUUUCUCCUUGCUGAUAUACACGGCCGGUAUCAUCGGGGCAUCGCAGGCCAGGACUUACUCGGCACUGAUGGGCGCCCGAAUCGUACACGGCUUUGCUUCGGGGGUAUGUGAGGCGCUGCCGGUUCAGUUGGUCAAUGAUAUCUUCUUCCUCCACGAGCGCGGCAAGAAGCUCGGCUGGUACACGGUGGCGCUCUGCUUGGGGGCUACGGGACCCUUGUUCUCGGGGUUCAUGCUCGCCGGUGGAUACUCAUGGGUGCUGUUCUUUUAUGUCCAGUUUGCCUUUUCUGGAGCCCUCGUCAUCCUCGCCUUCUUCUUCGUCGAGGAGUCGAUGUACUUCCGUAGGUCCAACCCUCCUGCUUCCUCCAGCAGUGGUACCGAGGUCGACCCUGCAACGAAACCCAAAGCCGCCGAGAUCGAGGAACACGAACUGGCCUCCUCCUCUUCUGGCUACCCUCCGCGCAAGACCUUCCUCCAGCAGCUCGCCCUCUGGGGCCCAGUCGACCACUCAUGCGCCUUCUUCUCCAUGCCGCUGCGCGCUUUCACAUAUCUCCUCGUCCCGUCGACCCUGUGGGUUGUCACCACGUACGGCAUCUACAUCGGCCUCUGCGGCUUCUCAUUCAACUUUGUCUUCCCGCUCAAGAUCGUCGCGCCGCCGUACAGCUGGUCGCAGACCAACGCCGGCCUGCACGCCAUCAGCACCUUUGUCGGGUUCGGGCUGGCGGUGCCGCUGGUGCCGGCGAGCGACAUCUGGGCGGCGCGGCUGACGAAGCGCAACGGAGGUAUCCGGGAGGCCGAGAUGCGCUUGGGGGUGCUGCUGCCGGCCAUCCUGCUCGCGCCGGCGGGGCAGAUCCUGUUCGGCAUGGCGGCGGAGCGGGACCUGCACUGGAUGGCCUACUUCGCGGCUGUUGCCAUGACGCAGUGGGCGGGCUACUUCUUCUUCACGUUGACACUGGCCUACGCCGUCGACUCGUACAACGCCAACCUGUCCGAGAUGCUCAUCAUCAUGAACCUAGGCAAGCAGGCCAUCAGCUUCGGCUUCAGCGGCGAGCUCCUCAACUGGAUCUCCCAUCACGGGUACGCCACCAUCAUCGUCGGCGCGUUUGUGCCCAUCCUGGCGGCGAACAAUCUCAUGACGUUUAUCUUUAUGAUUUGGGGCAAACGCAUCAGGAUUGCAACGUCCAAGUCGUGGCUGGCAAAGUUUCAUGCAAAGACUGUCGUGGUUGGGGAAGGGCAUUGA